CUUUUCCUGUUCUCCAUCAUGGCGCAGGAUCAAGGUGAAAAAGAGAACCCCAUGCGGGAACUUCGCAUCCGCAAGCUCUGCCUCAACAUCUGUGUGGGGGAGAGUGGAGACAGACUGACCCGCGCAGCCAAGGUGUUGGAGCAGCUCACAGGUCAGACCCCUGUGUUCUCCAAAGCUAGAUACACCGUCAGAUCCUUUGGCAUUAGGAGAAAUGAAAAAAUUGCCGUCCACUGCACAGUCCGUGGGGCCAAGGCAGAGGAAAUCUUGGAGAAAGGUCUAAAGGUGCGAGAGUACGAGUUAAGAAAAAAUAAUUUCUCCGAUACUGGAAACUUUGGUUUUGGGAUCCAGGAACACAUCGAUCUGGGGAUCAAAUAUGACCCUAGCAUUGGUAUCUACGGCCUGGACUUCUAUGUGGUGCUGGGUAGGCCAGGUUUCAGCAUCGCAGACAAGAAGCGCAGGACAGGCUGCAUUGGGGCCAAACACAGAAUCAGCAAAGAGGAGGCCAUGCGCUGGUUCCAGCAGAAGUAUGAUGGGAUCAUCCUUCCUGGCAAAUAAAUUUCCGUUUCUAUCCAAAAAGCCAAUAAAAAGUUUUCAGUGAAAUGUA